AUGCUCUCUAGGACAGCCCGUACAGCUAUUUCUGCGUUGAAACCCUCGUCUCGCGCGUUCUCUGCGUCACUGACAAGACGAGACCACUUCCUGAAAGUGAACCCUGAAACCUUUAAUAAAGUGAUUGAGACUCGCUCAAAGGACAGGGUCGUACUCGUUGAUUUCUACGCGGACUGGUGUGCACCGUGCAAGAGGCUCUCUCCCCUACUGGAAGAGGUUACCUCCGACGAGAAGGUCAAGUCCGGCUCUGACCGUGCUCUUGAUCUGGUGACCGUGGAUACAGACGAACAGCAGGACCUUGCUAUGCAAUACGGCAUUCGUUCCCUACCCACGGUCAUUGCCUUUAAGGAUGGCAAGCCAGUCAACCAGUUUAUGGGUGCAGUGCCUCCGCCUGCUCUCCAGCGCUUCAUCCAGUCUGUAUAG